AUGUCGCUAUCCGAUUUCUACAAGGAUCAUCCUAAUUACCGCACAAGACUUGUGCUUCACGUCAGAGAUUCUAUGGAAGAUACUGUUCAAGCUUCAGCUGCAGCCUUGGACCUAAUCAAGAACAAGCAAGUGAGCGCCAUCAUCGGACCAAGAACCUCUACUCAAGCAGAAUUUAUGAUGAAAAUGGCCAAAAAAUCUCAAGUACCGAUCAUCACAUUCUCUGCAACAAGCCCUCUUUUGACAUCCAUCAACAACCCUUACUUCGUCCGAGCCACUCUUGACGACUCACUUCAGGUCGAGGCCAUUGCAGCCACUGUGAAAUCCUUCUGGUGGAGAAGCGUCGUGGCCAUGUAUGUGGACGACGAGUUAGGUAAAGGAAUCAUGCUGCAUUUGUCUGAUGUCUUACAAGACGUGGAAGUCCAUAGAAGUGUGAUAUCUCCGGAACCUAGCGAUGGUCAGAUAUAUGAGGAGCUUUAUAAGCUCAUGACGAAUCAGACGAAGGUAUUCGUUGUCCACAUGGAACCAGGUCUCGGAUUCCGGGUUUUGCAGAAAGCUAGAGAGAUCGGAAUGAUGGAGGAAGGGUAUGUAUGGAUACUAUCAAAUGGAAUGACGCAUAUGAUGAGAUAUACGAACCAUGGUCGUGGCUUGGAGACUAUGCAGGGCGUGUUAGGUGUGAGGAGCCAAGUCCCCAAAUCAAAAGAGCUUAAAUUUCCGUUUGAGAUGGAAGAGGAAGUUCGUGAAAGACAAUCCAUCGAUGGAGGAUAA